AUGGCACAAGUGGGUGAACUGCUCGAUAAGAACCAGUUCAGCUGUUCAUUCUGUCUGGAUCUGCUGAAGGAUCCAGUGACUAUUCCCUGUGGACACAAUUACUGUAUGGACUGUAUUAAACGGUUCUGGGAUGGCGCUGGUCGUCAUCAUCAUGUUCGUGUCUACAGUUGUCCUCAGUGCAGACAGACCUUCACACCAAGACCUGUUCUGGGAAGAAACACCAUGUUGGCUGAAAUGCUUAUGAAAAUAGGGAAGAUCGGAUUCCUGACUACUCCUCCUGAUCAGAGUUACGCUGGACCCGGAGACGUGGAGUGUGAUGUGUGUACUGGGAGAAAGCGCAAAGCUGUCAAGUCCUGUCUGGUGUGUCUGGUCUCUCACUGUGAUACACACCUCAAAUUUCACGAUGAACUCAAUCCAGGAAAGAGGCACAAAUUAAUUGAUGCCACUGGACAACUGAAGAACAAGGUGUGUUCCCAUCAUGACAAACUUUUGGAGGUCUACUGCCGUACUGAUCAGCAGUGUAUCUGCUAUCAGUGUAUGAUGGCUGAGCACAAAGGACACGAUACGGUCUGUGCUAUAACUGAGAGAACCGAGCAGCAGACAUGGCUGGCGGUGAAACAGAGGGAAUGCCAGAAGAGGAUUGAGCAGAGAGAGAAGGAAGUGCAGGAGCUGAGACAGACUGCGGACUCAAUCACUCGCUCUGCACAGGCAGCAGUGGCGGACACUGAGAGCAUCUUCACGGAGAUGAUCCGCUCCAUCGAGAAAAGGCGCUCUGAGCUGAAAGAUAUGAUCAGAUCUCAGGAGAAGGCUGCACUGAGUCAGGCUCAAGGACUCCUGGAGCAACUGGAGCAGGAGAUUGUUGAGUUGAGAAUGAGAAAUUCUGAGCUAGAGCGGCUUUCACACACAGAAGAUCACAUCAGUCUCCUGCAGAUCUGCAAGACAUUCUGCGUCACUGCUUCACCUGGAGAGUUAUCUAAAGUUUCUGUAAGCUCAUGUUGCUCUUUUGGGGAUGUAAGCAAGUCUGUUUCUGAAUUAAAAGAUGAAUUGGAGCGCAUCUUUGGCAGAGCAUUAGCCAAGAUUUCAGAAAAAGUGACAGAAGUCUGCAUUCUAGGAUCUAGGAGCACAGGAAAAAUCUUGAACCCAAUAAAAGAACAGAUCUUACAAACAUCAGAGACCAAGAACCGGACAAAAUUCUUACAAUAUGCCUGUCAGCUUACGAUGGAUCCCAACACAGUGCAUAAACACCUCUGCCUUUCUGAGAGGAACACGCUGGUGACCUGGGUAGGGGAAGUCCAACCAUAUCCCGAUCACAAAGACAGAUUUGAUUCUUAUCUCCAGGUACUGUGUAGAGAGGGUCUGUCCGGCCGCUGCUACUGGGAAGCUGAGUGGAGUGGGACCUGGGUUCAUAUAGCAAUGUCGUACAAAGGGAUCAGCAGGAAACACAAUGAUGCAAAGAGCUGUCUGGGACGGAAUGACAAGUCCUGGAGUUUAUAUUGCUCUCCUUCAUGUUACUUUUUUAGGCAUAAUAAUAAGGAAACUUCAGUACCUGUCCCCAGUUCCUCUAGAAUAGGAGUGUACCUGGAUCACAGGGCAGGAACUCUGUCCUUCUACAGUGUUUCUGACACAAUGGCCCUCCUCCACAGAGUCCAGACCACAUUCACCGAACCUCUCUACCCUGGUUUCUUUGUUUAUGGAAAAAGUUCUCUUAAAUUGCUUUCAGUUGCAGUAAGAAAGAAAGCAGAAUAG